AGAGUCCUCCGUUCCUAGGGAUUAGGGCACUUCCCCCAGUCCGGGGCCCAGAUAGUAGUCGGCUCAUACUAAGCUUUUUAUUUCUUUUAUUGGCAGACUUACUACUCACUUCCUAAAAAUAAUGGCUCCUCGUCCUCGUGCCACGCAGUCGUUGGAGAGCAGACGUACUCGAGGUAUUAAAUCCUACCGCUGCCGAGUCUGCUCUGGAAUCCAUCCUCUUCGGAAGUGCAAGAGGUUCCACAAACUGAGCGCUGAAAAGCGCCUUCGGGUAGUACUUAUUAAUAAGUACUGCUCGAACUGCCUCGCCCAUCAGCACUCAGGAGGAGACUGCCGCAGCCAAGACGGAUGCAAGAAGUGUGGAGGCGACCACCAAACCCUACUCCACAUGCACGAGGUCCUCCCCGCUCCGACCCCGGGAGCGCUACCAGCUCCGACGCGCAGAGAGCGCCAUCCCGCUGCACCUCGUCCGGUCCGGAUUUCCGGCACUCCGCCACCAGCCCCAGUCGCCAACAAUCGCCCGCGUCCGAAGGUCUCCGUCGCGUCUCCGUCGGUGGCAGCGGGGCAGCAGAAGGCUGUCCCCAUCCUGCCUACAGCCGUCGUCGUGCUGGACACGGGCUCGAAGACUUUCGAGACCGGCGCCAUGAUCGACCCAUGCAUGCCGGUGAGCAGCAUCGACCGGUCGUUGGCGGCUGCGUUCCGGCUGCCCAUCACCCGGCUGGGAGACGACGAGGUCUGCUCGGUGACACUCCGGUCCCGAACAAGCACCUUCCGACUCAACGUCGUCCUGAAGAUCGAACCCAAUCUAAGGAUCCGGACACCCAUCCGAGCUGUGAGCGACGCCGCAAGGGCCAAAUUUGACGGUGUUCGUCUCGCGGACGAGCGCUUCCACCGGCCGGCCACCAUCUCCCUCGUGUUGGGAUCAGAUGUAUAUGCCAAUCUGAUCCAACCGGGGUUCCUAAAGAUUGAGGAUGGGUUGCCCGUCGCGCAGAACACGGUGUUCGGAUGGACCGUUUCUGGAGCGUGCACGGAAUGAAGAGGCCGAU